UUAGCCAAUCAUCGAUCUGGCCUCUCUGGCGCCGGAAGAAGCCGUUGCCUCGAGCAACGUCAACGUCCGGUUUUCUGAGUUUGGCGGCGGGAAAGACCAUGAGCAAAAGCCGGGCAGACACAGCGGCGGGAGCCUCGGGACUGCUGCUGAAAUACCUGCAGGAGCAGAAUCGCCCCUAUAGCGCCCAGGACGUGUUCGGGAACCUGCAGCGGGAACACGGACUUGGCAAGGCGGCGGUGGUGAAGGCGCUGGAACAGCUGGCCCAGCAAGGCAAGAUCAAAGAGAAGAUGUACGGCAAGCAGAAGAUAUAUUUUGCAGAUCAGGACCAAUUUGACAUGGUGAGCGAUGCUGACCUCCAAAGCCUGGAUGCCAAGAUCGUGGCCCUUAGUGCGCAGGUGCAGGGCCUGCAGCAGAGCUGCCGCCACAUGGAGGCCGAGCUGAGAGAGUUAACUAGUUCCCUGACCACACCGGAGAUGCAGAAAGAGAUCCAAGAAUUAAGGAAGGAAUGUGCUGGCUACUCAGAGAGACUGCAAAACAUUAAGGCAGCCACUAACCAUGUAACUCCAGAAGAGAAAGAACAGGUGUACAAGGACAGGCAGAAGUACUGUAAGGAGUGGAGAAAACGGAAGCGGAUGGCAACAGAGCUGUGUGAUGCAAUUCUUGAAGGAUACCCCAAGAGCAAGAAGCAGUUUUUUGAGGAAGUUGGGAUAGAAACAGAUGAGGACUACAACGUCAAGCUUCCAGACCCCUGAAAGGUCC